GCGUCGGAGUUCCGGCUCGGGGUCACCUGACCGAAGAGUCGGCUAGACAUGGCGUCUUCCUUGCUUGCGGGCGAGCGGUUCGUUCGUGCUUUGGGCCCCGGCGGGGAACUGGAGCGAGAGCAGCUGCCCCGGAAGCUACGGGCGGAGCUUGAGGCCGCACUGAAGAAGAAGCACACGGGUGUUAAUAGCCCCAAUGGCCCUCGUCGCUUGGUUUCUUUCCGUCUUAUCCGGGAUCUGCACCAGCACCUGAGAGAUAGAGAUUCCACACUAUACCUUCAUGAGCUGCUCGAAGGCAGUGAAAUCUACCUCCCAGAGGUCGUGAAGCCUCCUAGGAACCCAGAGCUAGUUGCCCGGCUGGAGAAGAUUAAGAUACAGCUGGCAAAUGAGGAAUAUAAGCGGAUCACCCGCAAUGUCACCUGUCAGGAUCCAAGGCACAGUGGGACUCUCAGUGACCUGGGAAAGCAGGUGAGGUCAGUGAAGGCUCUGGUCGUCACCAUCUUCAACUUCAUUGUCACGGUAGUAGCUGCCUUCGUCUGCACUUAUCUUGGAAGCCAGUAUGUCUUCACAGAAAUGGCCUCGCGGGUGCUGGCUGCAUUGAUCGUCGCCUCGGUGGUGGGUCUGGCCGAGCUGUAUGUUAUGGUGCGGGCUGUGGAAGGCGAGUUGGGAGAGCUGUAACUGGUGCUUCAUCAUCAAAGUCUGGAGAAGGUUUUGGAGUUUCAAGGCUCCCAACUGCCAAUCACUGACUCUCAGUCAACCUACUAGACUUUUUGUUAGUCAGAGGACCAACUCCAGUUAGUCAGAGGACCACACCAGGCCUCCUGCUUUCCCUUCAGGGAAGCCUCUGAGUUUCCAGAGGGCCUAGUGGAAGAGAUUCAGACAACACAUCUUUAAAAUGGAAAUAACUAGGUUUGACCUUCUCCUAAACCUGGCACCUGUCUGCAUUCUCCAGUCAUCUGGGCCCUGGGACUGGGGUUUUUCCAUUGGGAGUAAAUGGAAUCCAGGCCUUUCCAGAAAUAAACCAUUCUGCCUUGAAGUAAACCAUUCUGCCAAGUGCGUGAAUCAAGUUCCAUCCUUUGUACAUACAUCAUCUUUGAUGCAGACCUGUAAUUGAGUUCAGAAGCCACCAAGAAAGCAGAAAGGAUCCCCUUUCUUUCUCCAGUUUGUGCUGGAAGAGUAACUGGCCAGAAGAUAUCAAGUAGGAGAAAGACAGAGACCAGCCCAUGUCCUGGUGGUUAAGGGAGCUGGAUCCUGCAUAGGAUUCAUCAACUGUGUGGUUUGAGCCUUGUACUUGAACCCAGUGGCUUGGAAGACACACUGGGCAUAUGCUCAUGCAUGUCUAAAAUCCCAGAAGGAAGCAGAAAUGUAAGAGAAGUGGAUCUGAUCACUCUCUGUGGAGGGUACUUUCUCCUCCUCUUGUCUUUCUGGUGAGAACACACACCCUCUAACAAAGUUUAAAAAGGGAAAUGAGUUCAUACAAGAUGAUAGAACCAGAGGCAGGACAGCUUUUUGCAAAAGGAAAAUGGCAUUGGGCCCCUUUUCCAGAAGACAAAACAGAGAAAUACCUUGACCAGCUGUGAUCUUUUCUCAGUUAAACAAAGCCAGUGACUCCUAUGUUGUUCUGAAGUUUCUGUAUGAUGUUAAACUUCUAAGAACUUAGAUUAAUGUUUUGUUGAUGUAUAAGGCACUUAAAAGGCUAUGAGCCUUAGUUAUUUGUUCAAUAAAUACAGUAUUUAUUG